UCAGUUUUUACGAAGAAUAACUGUUUCUCCUAAAACUAAAAAUGAAUCAGUUUUCUAUAAGUAAACUAGUAGAUUGUCAUUGUAUACUUUAUAGACGUAUUAAAAUAUAUUGCAAAGUAGGUGUCGACAUGUCGACAAUGAAUAAUUAGAUAGCAAAAAAUCUGCGAAAUUGGAAGGAGAUAAAAAGGAAACAUUUAGUACAAAAUAAAUGUGGAAAUACUAGGUACUCGUCAUAAAUUAUUGGCAAAAGCGGUUUUUAAAACACAGGCACGAAUAAAUAGAAAUUAUUCUAUUAAUUAAUUAGAUGGGUGUUUCUUAGUUUUGUGACUGUUUAAUUUGAAUGCAUUACAAUUUUAAAUAUAUUAAGGAUUGAAAAUGAGAUUCAUGGAGCAUAGAAUUAUAUUACACAAUUAAAGUAACUAGUCAUCCAAUAAGUAGAAUGGGUAUUAUACUUUCAGUAUUGGGUAUAGAAGAACCAACUUCAUAUGAAAACCCUCAGAAGAAAAUAUUAGCUACAUUGUAUGGAAUACAAAUAAGUUUAGCGCAUUUGUUAAAUGUUUUAAUAAGUAUUUUUGUUGUUGUUCUAAUAAUUCUCUUAGAAUGUGGGGUAAUACCAUCUGUGAUACAAGGAUUUUAUUGUAGAGAUCCAUUAAUAUCACACAAAUACAAAGGAGAUACAAUUACCACAGAAACUCUGGGAGUAUUAGCAGUCCUAGUUCCACUUUUAAUAAUCACAAGUACCGAAUUACUGGCCCAUCAAUCGUUCAAAAAAAUCAAUGUCUAUACCGUGGUUUUUUAUAUGCAAGAAUGUACAGUUGGAGCUGUGUUAGUACUACUGCUGACUUCGAUAGCUAAAGUGAUAGUUGGUGAACAUAGGCCGCAUUUUUUCGAUAUGUGCCAACCUGAUACAGCCGUCAAUUGUACUAUUGGAGAAUUUAUAGAAACCUACAAAUGUACGAAUACUGCAAAAUUUAGUUAUUUGGAUUUAGUUGAUGCGUCGUUAUCUUUUCCUUCAGGUCAUUCGUCUGUUUCUUGGUUUUUGGGUAUAUAUUUAUGUUUUGUUAUUCAUAUCAGAACAAUAACGAUAAACGUUGGAUAUGUUAUGAAGCCUUUUUUGAUCUCAAUAGCUCUGACAUUGUCUCUGGUGUGUUCACUAUCUAGAAUAACUGAUAGACGACAUCACUGGUGGGACGUUCUAGCAGGAAGUAUUUUAGGUAUACUUGUUGCGUUGUAUUACAUAGUCGUCGUUAGUGAGAAAAUUAAGAAAAAUGAUCCAAUUUUGCGAAGUUACAGUUUAGCGGAAGAUAUACCGGGUAUGCAGCUUUCGCGUAAUAAUCUGGAGACAUCCAGCAAUGUUACUUUUUAAAGUGUCUGUUAGGGUAAAGUAGAAGAAGAUAAUGCUGCAGUAGCAAACUUGAAACCGACUUUAAUAAUAAGGAACAAUGACUGUUUUAAUUUAUGUUUGUAUAGUUAAUUAAAUAAAAAUAAUUUUUAAUACUGAAUGAAGUAUGUAACUUUUGAUCACGUCCUGCCGUU